GACGCCGCAGGCCGCACGCCCGGGGCGGGUGCCAUGUCUCGCGAGCCGCCGCUCCGCACGGACAUCCCCCGCAACCUGAGCUUCAUCGCGGCGCUGAGCGAGCGCGCCUACUACCGCAGCCAGAGACCCAGCCUGGAGGAGGAGCCGGCGCGGGAGCAGGAGGAGGAGCCCGGCGAGGGCGGGACGCGGCUCGGGGCCCGGUCGCGCGCGCACGCUCCCAGCCGCGGCCGCCGGGCUCGCUCCGCACCGGCCGGCGGGGGCGGGGGCGGCGGCCGGGCGCCCCGCAGCCCGGACACGCGCAAGAAGGUGCGCUUCGCCGACGCGCUGGGGCUGGAGCUGGCCGUGGUGCGCCGCUUCCGGCCCGGGGAGCUGCCGCGGGUGCCCCGCCACGUCCAGAUCCAGCUGCAGAGGGACGCCCUCCGCCACUUCGCGCCGUGCCAGCCCCGCGCCCGAGGCCUCCAGGAGGCGCGCGCAUCCCUGGACCCGGCCAGCGAGCCGGACUUCGCCGCCCGCUUGCAGGCGCAGCGCAUCUGCCUGGAACGCGCCGAGGCGGGCCCGCUGGGCGUGGCCGGGAGCGCGCGCGUGCUGGACCUGGCCUUCGAGAAGCGCGUGAGCGUGCGCUGGAGCGCCGACGGCUGGCGGAGUCAACGCGAGGCGCCCGCCGCCUACGCCGGCCCCGCGCCGCCCCCGCCCCGCGCCGACCGCUUCGCCUUUCGCCUGCCCGCGCCGCCCGUCGGGGGCGCCCUGCUCUUCGCCCUGCGCUACCGCGUCACGGGCCACGAGUUCUGGGACAACAACGGCGGCCGCGACUAUGCCCUCCGCGGGCCCGAGCACCCGGGCAGUGGCGGCGUCCCGGAGCCGCAGGGCUGGAUCCAUUUCAUCUGAGACCCGCGCGGCCCACGGCGGGGAGGA